GUGUAGCCCUGGCUAUCCUGGAAGUCACUCUGUAGAGACUGCUGUUUUUUUUAAAGCUACUGUUUGCCUCACAGACUUCAAGUGACAGCAUUCGGGGCUGGAGAGAUGGCUCAGGAGUUAAGAGCACUGGCUGUACUUCCAGAAGACCUGGGUUCAGGUCCCAGCACCCAGAUGGUAGCCUCAAGUUUCAAGGGGAUCUGACACCUUCACGCAGACAUACAUGCAGGCAAAACACAAAUGCACAUGAAAUAAAAAUAAAAUUAUUAGAAAAGAAACAUUGGGCUCUUAAAAGGGCUAGGCUGGCUGUUCAAAUAAUGGAGAGCUCAGUUGUGUGAGGUAGUUGAAAAGUGCAGAUAAAGCGUGCUAUUUUCAUUAACAAAGGUAAUACCACUAAGAAUCUUUUAAUACCCGAAGGGCAACAGCUUCGUUUUCAUGCAAGGGAAAAAGAUCAUCUGUCAUAUGUCUAUAGCUGACAAUGAGUUACAAGGCACUAAUAGUUCUGGAUCCUUGGGUGGUCUUGAUGUUCGAAGAAGAAUUCCCAUAAAACUCAUCUCCAAACAAGCCAACAAAGUUAAACCUGCACCUCGAACUCAAAGGACUAUUAGGAUGCCUGCAAAGGUCCCACCAGGUGAUGAAGAAGGAUUUGAUUAUAAUGAAGAACAACGGUAUGACUGUAAAGGAGGCGAACUCUUUGGAAAUCAGCGAAGAUUUCCAGGACAUCUUUUUUGGGAUUUUAAGAUAAACAUCUUAGGUGAAAAGGAUGAUACUCCAGUUCAUUUCUGUGACAAAUGUGGAUUGCCUAUUAAAGUCUAUGGGAGAAUGAUUCCAUGCAAGCAUGUCUUUUGCUAUGACUGUGCUAUUUUACAUGAAAAAAAGGGAGAUAAGAUGUGCCCAGGCUGUAGUGAUCCUGUGCAGCGGAUUGAGCAGUGUACACGAGGUUCUCUCUUCAUGUGUAGCAUUGUUCAAGGUUGCAAGAGAACAUACCUGUCUCAGAGAGACUUACAAGCUCACAUCAACCAUCGCCAUAUGAGAGCUGGAAAGCCUGUUACCCGUGCUUCACUUGAGAAUGUUCAUCCUCCUAUUGCCCCACCACCAACUGACAUCCCCGAUCGGUUCAUCAUGCCACCAGACAAGCAUCACAUGAGCCAUAUUCCUCCAAAGCAGCACAUCCUGAUGCCACCACCUCCUUUGCAGCACGUGCCCCAUGAGCACUAUAAUCAGCCACAUGAGGAUAUUCGUGCUCCUCCAGCAGAAUUGUCUAUGGCUCCACCUCCACCUCGUUCGGUCAGUCAGGAAACCUUUCGUAUUUCAACAAGAAAGCACAGCAAUUUAAUAACUGUCCCUAUUCAGGAUGACUCAAGUUCAGGUGCUAGAGAACCGCCACCUCCUGCCCCAGCACCUGCUCACCAUCACCCUGACUAUCAGGGCCAGCCAGUGGUGUCCCACCCUCACCAUAUUAUGCCUCCACAGCAGCACUACGCACCGCCCCCACCUCCUCCACCACCAAUAAGCCAUCCAAUGCCACACCCUCCCCAGGCUGCAGGGACUCCUCACUUGGUGUAUAGCCAAGCUCCACCUCCACCAAUGACCUCUGCUCCACCACCAAUAACCCCUCCCCCUGGACAUAUGAUUGCCCAGAUGCCACCUUAUAUGAAUCAUCCUCCUCCAGGACCCCCCCCACCUCAACAUGGAGGUCCACCUGUAACUGCACCCCCCCCUCACCAUUACAAUCCUAACUCUUUACCCCAGUUUACUGAAGAUCAAGGAACUCUGAGCCCUCCAUUUACACAACCAGGAGGAAUGAGUCCCGGUAUAUGGCCUGCACCACGAGGGCCACCACCACCUCCACGAAUGCAGGGCCCGCCUUCUCAAACCCCACUUCCUGGACCACAUCAUCCAGAUCAAACAAGAUACAGACCAUAUUACCAGUGAUAAUAGUGUUUUGAACUGAAGAUAUGACAAGGAAAAAGAUUAAAUUAGUCAAUCUUUUAAUUAACCUUUUACUGCUGGGGGAAGGAAAAAAUACCUCUCAGGAGGUGACUAUAAAACACAAAGUCUUGUCCCUUAAAAUAGUUUUAAAUCUUGACCUUAGGAUUGCUUUCAAAUACUAUAGUGCAGAUACGUGGCUCGGUUGAGCACAAAUGUAUCUUAGCAACUGUUACUUUGGUGUGGCAAAUUGACCCAGAAAUGACCAUUUGUAAAAAAUUUGAAAUUUUUUCACUGUUCCAUUUUCAAAAAUACUGCUUUUAUUAAACCCAAUGUUUAGUUUUUCUUGUGAUGCAUUUUGUUAACAUAUAUAAGGAUUAAAUUUCAAGGUGGUUGUAAAAAUGCUGUUUUUAUGUAAAUUUAAGUGCAGCCACGUAAUUUUUUAAACCAUUUAUGUUUUACCACUAUUUUUCCAAAAUUAAAGUCCUAAAAGUAAAACUCUACUAAAAUUGUUAUCAGGCAGACUGUUAUAUGAUAGGGAAUUACUUCACAUUUUAGGCACUGAAACUUCAAGGGGUAUUAAUUAUGUAGUGCACUUCACUUGGUUUCCUUUUUGUCUUUGGACUGCCUCAGGAAUGCCAAAAUACAUCCAAAUUCCUAUAGUGGUAUAGUUGUUUGACAUGUCCCAAGACAUUCUAAUCAUAAGAAAAUGAUGGCUUUCCAGGCUCUAGGUAAACCACUGAUAAGAUGCUGGUGGUUUUCCUGAGUGGUUAGAGUUACAUAAUUUGUCACACUUAAUCUCUUAAGAUUAUAAUAGUGAUAUAGAUAUAACUUAUUAUAUCACUUUAUAGGGUUGUUGGAAUGGUCUUAUUUGGAUGAAAUGUCUUCUGUGUUCACUGUUCACUGUUAACCUACCUACCAUAUUUAGGGCUGACUAGGCUUUAUUUAAAUCUGCAUUUCUCCAUAGCAGUUUGGUUCUGUGCUUUAUUGUGUCUUGUUUAUGGGGUUAUAAACUGCAACUUGAGUGCUGUAGAGGAAUUUGACUAAUGUAUUAGCAAAGGGUGUUUUCUUGUAAAACCACAAACUAGCAUUUACUCAGGUUUCAUUGCUGUGGUGAGUUUUUUCCUCUAAGUUGAAAUUUUUAAAACUAUCAUUUCCUUUCUUUUCUUUUCUUUUUUUUUUUUUUUUUUUUUUUUUUUUUUGGUAAAGCAUUUUAACAUUGUAGCAUGGAAUCAAUAGUGAAAACAACCAGAUAAUUUUGAAUUGGACAGAAGAAAAGUAAUAAUAAGGUUGUGAAUUUCAGUGCCGUGUAAGGUGCCUUUGGAGUCAGUGUUUGCAUUAUAGGGGCUUGUUACAGUCCAUUGAGGAUGACCACUCAGUCUAGACAGCUUUCCUGUGUAGAAGUCAACAUUCUUAGGAUAUUAUUAUAUAUAUCCUUUGGCUUGACUAAACCCUUGUGAAGCUUUUCUUCCCCCUUAAAAUGGUGCAUAAUAUAAACAUGGUGUGUAGUAUGCAGGUGUCAUUUAUUAGAUAGUUUGUCAUAUAUAAAUUUAGAACAUUGGUUUUUGACAAAGAAUAUAUUGAUUGGUAAUUCACCAUUUUCUGUCAGGUACAGGAGCAUUCUCAUGUUGGAUGAUCAGAUGCAAAAUCAUUUCUGAACUUAGCACUGAAGUAGAAAAUAAUAUAAACGCCAUUUUAGCCUUGGCUGGCCAAAAAUAACUAAUGCAGUUUUUCUUGAGCAAGUGAUUUUUUUCCCCCACAUACAGCAGUUUGAGAGUCUGGUUUGCUCAUGCACUAUUUUUAGUGAGAAAUUUUUUGUUAUUAGAAGCAUGGGAGUGAAAUAGUGUGACAUGGUGGUGAGUGUUUCUAUCAUAUUACUGUAGGUACUUGGAUUGGUGCAAACUUGAUUCCUUUUUGUACCCGUUUAGGAGCUAUUUAAAUAUUACUGUUAAAAUCCUAAUAACUCUGUUUCAUGUAAUUAGACAAUAGCCGGAUUCAUGUAAGAGCUUCUUAGCUGUUCAGGAGAAGCUCUUGUGUUAAGAUUUACUGGGGUGUUGGGUGUGGUAAGAAACCACUUCGCCUGUAUUUUGGACCAAAAAAAAAAAAUCAUUAUCAUGAAAAAAAUCCCACAUUAGGACAAUUCUUGUAGGCUUUAAACAACAAUUUCAGUUAUGUUAAUAAGCAUUAUACUGGGAGGCAGGUCAGAUGAAUGUCUUGUAAUAGACAAAAUGUUAAGUGUUAGACUUGAAUUCAUCAGCUAAUUGUUUGGAUGAGGGUGGGUGGGUAGACAGAUCCCAGGAUUAUUGUUAAGUGUUUCUGUUCUUAAGGAAAAAGUUGUGAAUCCCAGUGCAUUUCAGGGAAGCCUUUGAAGCUAUCUAUGAUGGACAAAGUCUAAGUGUAUGUAUGUUUCAUUAAUUGCUCUUAAGACUACUGAGGUGACAGUUCAAUUCUUUAACCAAUAAAAUGGAAGCAUAAACACUG